ACGGGUUAGCAGUUAUGGCUGACUGCAAGUCGACCGCUGCGACGGCCGAUGAAACCAAGCCUGACGCGAGGACUUUGCAGGUGCUUCGGGACAUGGCUAAUCGCCUUCGCAUCCACUUCAUCAGGGUCACGUGUGCUUCGAGCUCCGGUCACCCCACAUCGUGCAGCAGUGCUGCUGAGAUCAUGGCGGUGCUGUUCUUCCACACCAUGAGGUAUAAGGAGGCGGACCCGGAGAACCCGGACAAUGACCGAUUCGUCCUCUCCAAGAGACUGUCAUUUGUUGAUGUGGCAACUGGAUGGCUUGGGCAAGGACUCGGGGCUGCGUGUGGGAUGGCGUAUACUGGCAAGUACUUCGACAAGGCCAGCUACCGGGUGUUCUGCCUUAUGGGAGAUGGAGAGUCCUCAGAAGGCUCCGUCUGGGAGGCGUUGGCCUUCGCUUCCUACUACAGUCUGGACAAUCUCGUGGCCAUCUUUGACGUGAACCGCCUGGGCUACGGUGGCGCCUUGCCCCUCGAGCACUGCAUAGAAGUCUAUCAGAAGCGCUGCGAAGCCUUUGGGUGGAAUACCUAUGUUGUGGAUGGCCGUGACGUGGAAGCACUCUGCGAAGUGUUCUGGCAGGCAGCUCAAGUGAAAAACAAGCCCACUGCUGUAAUUGCCAAGACCUUCAAGGGCCGGGGUAUUCCAAGUGUUGAGGAUGCAGAAAAUUGGCAUGGAAAGCCAAUGCCAAAAGAAAGAGCAGAUGCAAUUAUCAAACUAAUUGAGAGCCAGAUAGAGACCAACAGGAAUCUCGAACCAAAACCACCUAUAGAAGACUCGCCUCAAAUCACCAUCACAGAUAUAGAAAUGACCUCUCCACCUGCUUACAAAGGUGGUGACAAGAUAGCUACUCGGAAAGCAUGUGGUUUGGCUCUGGCUAAGCUGGGCCAUGCAAACGAUAGAGUCGUUGUGCUGGAUGGUGACACCAAGAACUCUACCUUCUCCGAUAUAUUCAAGAAGGAGCACCCUGAGCGGUUCAUUGAGUGUUUUAUUGCUGAGCAAAACAUGGUGAGCGUGGCACUGGGAUGUGCCACCCGUGGUCGGACCAUUGCUUUUGCUAGCACCUUCGCUGCCUUUUUGACCCGAGCAUUUGAUCAGAUCCGGAUGGGAGCCAUCUCUCAAAGCAACAUCAACCUUAUUGGGUCCCACUGCGGGGUAUCCGUAGGUGAAGAUGGCCCCUCCCAGAUGGCCCUGGAGGAUCUGGCCAUGUUCCGAGCUGUUCCCAACUGCACUGUUUUCUAUCCAAGUGACGCUGUCUCGACGGAGCAUGCUAUUUUCCUGGCGGCCAAUACCAAGGGGAUGUGCUACAUUCGGACCAGCCGACCGGAGACCGCAGUCAUUUACAGCCCGCAAGAAAGCUUUGAGAUUGGACAGGCCAAGGUCGUCCGCCACAGUGACAGCGACAAGGUCACCGUUAUUGGAGCUGGAGUUACUCUGCAUGAAGCCUUAGCAGCUGCCGACGAUCUUUGCAAGCAAGAUAUUUCUGUCCGCGUCAUCGACCUGUUUACUGUUAAACCCCUGGAUGUUGCCACCAUCAUCUCCAGUGCAAAAGCUACAGGGGGCCGGAUUAUCACAGUAGAGGAUCACUACCCAGAAGGUGGCAUCGGGGAGGCUGUGUGUGCUGCUGUCUCCAUGGAGCCUGACAUCCUGGUCCAUCAGCUGGCAGCACCAGGAGUGCCUCGGAGUGGGAAGCCAAGUGAGCUGCUGGAUAUGUUUGGAGUCAGUGCCAGACAUAUCAUAGUGGCUGUGAAAUCUAUUUUAAUGAACUAGAAUAGCUGUUGGCUUUGGUCUUAAAAGACUGGCCUCUUUGCCUUACAUUUAUGUUUGUUGCCAAAUCAUCAUUUAAAUCUAUACUGUUGUGCUUUGUUCUUAAAAGCAAGCAAGAUAAUUACCUCCCUGUUAAGCUAUAACUACAUGUACUAGUGUAACUCUCAUCUUUGAGUCAUUAAAGUGGGUUAUAAGGUUUUAAGUGACAGAAUAGCUAACAAAACAACCACCUAAUAUCAAGUUUUCUGAUGAGACUACAAGUAACUGAGGAACAACAUAGGGUAACCAUUUCUUAACUGGGUGUGUUUACCUCAUGAGUAAAGACGAUGUGAAUCUAAUUGUAGACUGCAGUCGGGUUGUGUGGCACUAGAGUGCCGUGCUGCCCACUGAGUCCCAGUCCGAGAGUCCCCGUGCUGCCCUCCUACCUGCAGCUUUCCUGGUACUGUGGGACUGCACUUGCCCUGCAGUUUCCUCCGCUGUUUGCCUUCAUCUCCCCUCUACAGUGCAGAGGCUGUGGAACGGCAGCAGAAGCUCUUAGGAUGUCCUGUGCCGCUUGCAGUGACUGUUCUGUGAAGAGAGGACACAGCUAGUCUCCACACUGCACACUCUUAUGAGGUCUCAGAAAUAUCUGAUUUGCCCAGUGACCAAACCAAACUGUUAGCUUGAUUAUAUUCAUCUACUAAGGAUACCAGUUAAUGUUAAUAAAGCAUUUAAAAA